AUGAAGGGAGUAGAAAUUCCCAUUGAGAAUCAUAUUCUGUGUGAUCCUCCUACUCCUGCUAUGCACUCUGUUGCUAAACAAGAGAUAGAUCCUAUCAAGGAAUCUAUGUCUACCGUUAAAAGUGAGAAUGUGUUGUAUACUUUAGUUGGUGAUGUGUUUGAAGAUACUACCAGUAAGUUUUUGGGUAAAGAGAUCCCGAGAGUUAUUGUAACUCAGUGUGAUCCUAUUCCAAAAUCUGAAGUUAGAAAACAAUAUGGGAAUCAAAGAUUACCGACAAAGCAUCAAUCUAUUGCUUCUAAGGGUAGACAACAAGAUCAACGAGCUCAAAAGCCUAAGGUUUCGCAACCAAAGUUUGAAACAAAGGGAGCUCGUUACAAGAAGAAAAGAACAAGUACCUUUGGGUCUACAAGUUCGACAUCAGGUUGUCAAUCAGAAUCUCCUAAGUUUGUUAAAAGGAGAUCUUGUUUUAAAUGUGGAGAGUUUGGACACAUCAUCAAAAACUGUACAAACUCUCCCAAAGAAAAUUUUGUUGAGAGAGCCCCUCCUGAAAAAGGUCACCAACAACGACGUUCUGUUUCCCCACAACAAGAUAAACACAUUGUUAAAGAAUUAGAAACAAAACAACGACGUCAAAACGUCAAGGCGAUUGAAAGGGCUUUGAAACCAGAAGUAAAAUCUGUUAAAAAGGAACCAAGUUCAUUACAACCGUUAAAAUCAGAAACUUCAGAAUCUGUUAAUAAUACAUGGUCUGGUAAACGAAAGGAAUCUUGGAAACCUAAAACGGUGAGUUCUCAAGGAGAGACAUGA